GUGCAAAAGUAGCCAGCAAUAUGGCAAAGUGGCUACUAAACUCCUGUCUGCUGCUUCUAUUGGGAGCAGUCAGUCUACAGGCUGGACUUAUAAUCCCUCAUACUGACGUUGAACAAAUCGAAACGAAAGGAUAUCAAGUGAUUACACCACGGGUGGAUGAUAAUAGUCCGGAUAACUAUAGAUUACCGAAUAACUCGAUACCCGUGUCCUAUAAUGUGGAACUCUGGACAAAUGUUCAUGAGGGUGAUACCAACUUCAAUGGCACAGUUAAGAUCGACAUACAGAUUGUUGAAGCCUCCGUAAACAUUACGUUGCAUGCACGUCAAACAUCAAACUUUGUAGCAACAAUUAUCGAUAGAGACAAUGCAACUGCUACGGAGAUUAAUCUGGAAGUUGACGCUUCUGAUACAACUCGCGAAUUUUUGGUCCUGUCAGCUGAGGGUUUGACAUUUGAUCCUAAUACUAAUUGGACUUUGACUAUUAAAUACACGGGUCUUUUACGCCUAGAUAUGGGAGGAUUCUACAUGUCAAGCUAUACUGAAAAUAACACAGUGCAUUACUUGGCAACGACCCAGUUUGAAAGCACCAACGCCCGUCAUGCCUUCCCUUGCUACGAUGAGCCCUCUAAACGUGCCACUUUCACCAUAACCAUUAAGCAUGAUCCAUCCUACACAGCCAUCAGCAACAUGCCCGUUAAUGAGACUACCAGCAGCUCUGGUAUUACUGGAUUCCAAACUACGCCUAUCAUGUCCACUUAUUUGGUGGCAUUUAUUGUUUCGGACUUUGAAUCGACCGGCGGAGAACUGAAUGGACUGCCCCAGCGCGUAUUCUCUCGCAAGGGCAAACAAGAUCAACAGGAAUGGGCUCUAUGGUCGGGUCUAGUUGUAGAAUCGAGUCUGGCUUCAUACUUUGGUGUUCCCUUUGCUUUACCAAAACUGGAUCAGGCUGGAAUCCCUGAUUUCUCAGCCGGUGCCAUGGAAAACUGGGGUCUGGCUACCUAUAGGGAACAAUAUAUGUGGUGGACCAAAGAGGAAUCAACGAUCAAUCUAAAGACGAAUAUAGCCAACAUUAUUGGACAUGAGUACACGCACAUGUGGUUCGGCGAUUUGGUCUCUGUCAAAUGGUGGACAUACCUAUGGCAGAAAGAGGGAUUUGCCACACUAUUCUCCUAUGAAUCGAAUGAUAUUGCAUUCCCCGAAUGGGACACAUACCAAAUCUUCCAUGUGGCCGACUAUCACAGUGCAUUAAUGAAUGAUGCCGGCGAAAAUGCGGUGCCCAUGACACAUUAUGUUCAGACGCCCAAUGAAAUUUCAAAUCGUUAUAAUACAUAUUCGUAUGCCAAGCCAGCCAGUGUACUAUAUACGUUUAAGAAUGCAUGGACCGAUAAGGUUUUCCGCCUAGGUGUACACAAAUACCUCGAUCAGCAUAAAUUCACAUCGUGCGAUGAAUGGGAUUUGUUUGCUUCAUUCCAAGAGGCAGCCGAUGAAUUGAAUUUCGCUCUACCCGCAUCAGUUGCCGACAUCUUCUCCUCUUGGUCACAUCAGGCUGGUUAUCCACUCCUUACUGUGGAGCGUAACUACGAUAGCGGCAGUUUCACAGUGAAACAGCAACGCUAUGUCGAGGAUAAGAAUGCAACCAAUGACAAGACGUGGUAUGUGCCCAUCAAUUAUGUGACUGCGUCCCAAUCGGAUUAUCGCGAUACAAGCGCCUCAAACUAUUUGCUUAAUACGGCCGAGUUAACGAUUAAUGCUCAGAUAGACAGCAGUGACUUUUUGUUGCUUAACAAACAGUCUGCUUAUUAUCAGCGAGUUCUUUAUGAUCAGCAGAACUAUGAUCUUAUUGCUCAAGCUCUGUUGGAAACGCCUUACAAGUUCCAUCCAAGGAAUCGCGCCCAAUUGAUUGCUGAGACAUAUCGUUUCGCUGCCACUGGACGUCUAAGUCAGUCCACAUUCCUACAGAUAGUGGCUUAUUUGAAAAAUGAAGAUCAGUAUGCACCUUGGUCAUUUGCCAAUAGCAUAUUCCCAACAUAUGACCAAUAUUUGCGUGGUGACGACCAGUAUGAACACUUCCGUUUGUAUGUUGUGGAACUGGUUGAGGACAUAUUCGACAAGAUUGGAGUCCACGAAUCAACUGGCGAGCAUUAUCUGAACAAGUACCUUCGAGUUGUACUCAUCAAUUUGGCCUGCCAAGUGGGUACUCCGGCUUGCUAUGAACAAACCCACCAGAAACUUAAGGAAUUCCAGCAGCAGGGUAUCGCAAUUGAGCCAACAAUUCGCACCCAAGUCUAUUGUGGUGGUCUGCGACAGGCGGAGGAUUCUACCUUUAAUCAAGUCUUGUCAGAUCUAUUUGCUUCCACCGUCUCCACUGAUCGUUCGCUAUUUAUCUCAUCGCUGGGUUGUUCCCAAACAGCAGAACAGAUUGAGAGAUUCAUCAGCAGUUCCAUUGACACUAGCAACAGUUUGACCAAUGCCGAGCGCACUACUCUACUCAAUUCCGCCUAUUCAAGGGGUGAAGUCGGCAUCACGGAAAGUCUGAAGUUCCUUGAAUCGAACUGGGAGGCAUAUGCCAAUGUUUACCCAGAAUCAACUGGAAAACCAUUGGAUGCAGCACUGCGUGGCAUCGCUACCUAUGUAGUUAGCGAGACACAGAAAACUAGACUGGAAAAUCUGGUCGAGGAAGUAAAGGCCCAUGGUCCAGCUUAUGUCAACGAUGACUUGAGUGAAAUAAUUACCGCCAGAAUAGAUGCCAAUUUUGCUUGGCUAAACGAACAUCGCGAUUCAGUGAUCAAUUGGUUGGUUUCCUACCGGACGAGCGGAAGUUCUGCCCUAACCACAUCCUUGACUACAUUUAUGGCCGCCGCAUUGACUCUCCUAUUAUGCAAAGUAUUUUAAAUUAAGAUUUCAAUAUUGAAAUUUUAAAAUUAAUUUUUAAGAUUAUAAAAAUUGCACGACAAAUAACAAGUAUUUGAACAAAUAUUAUAACAAAA